GUUUUUUGUUUCUUUUUCUUCGUACAUUCUCAUUUUGGAGUUGUUGGAUUUUUUUUGGGUUUGAUCCACUUUUUUUUAGGCAUUUCGUCAUUAUUUCAUUAUGAAGCUUUCUGGGUUUUGGGUUUUGUUUUUCGUCCUCCAAACAACUUUAUUGAUGCUUUUCUUUCCCAGCUAUAUAAAUGCCUCCUCCAGCUCCGAUGUGGCUCUGAACAACCACCAUGUAAAUCCAAACAAAUGCUUGUCUGACAUACCAUUAAACAGGAAGCUGAAGUUCCAGACUGAUGAACAUUAUAGCCUGGGGAGAAAGAAGGUUCACCCAGGUGAUCUAAAUCUUGAUGACUACCAUCCCAUUGAUCCAGUUCCAAGUUCAAAAACAUCAGUGAAACCCGGGCCGAUAGAGCAUGGCGCUCCUCUCCUGCCUCAUAUGCCAAAUUCUCCACCUCCCCAUCAGCCGGGCGAUUACGCUUAGAUAAAAGCAAAAGGGCUGAAGGGCAGUGGUAAUCAACCAAGAACACCAACUCCAUUGAAAUAGACAGAAGAUCAAAGGGAUUAUUUUCUUCUUCCUUAAGCUAAACUUUUAACCAACUUUGGGGGAUUAAGAUCCCAUCAAUCAACAUCUAAACCAGUGUGCUUUCCUUCCACUUCAGUCUUUUUCCUGCAUCCUUCACUACAACAUUAUGAAGGCUGAGCUCAGAAAUGAGCAAAGGCCAAUUCUAGCUUUUUAAUUAUUUUGCUCUUUUACUUUUUCCUAGUGGGAAGGGGAUAUCAUUUUCAUUGCCAAUAAAGCAUUGGGACCUCCAAAACCAAAACAAUCAGUCAUUUUUUAUCCCAAGGCUGGAGGGUCUUUUUCUGCUUUUUCUUUUUUCCAGGUUCAGAAAACGCUUCCUAAAUCAAAAUUUUGCGGUUAAUGAUUAAGAUGAGAGAUGGUUCUCAAACAGUGAUGUCUUCAAACUCCUGGGCGGUGUCAUUUAUUUAGUAAUUAAUGUUUGAAGUUUGAACUAAUGAAACAUGUUGAUUAUGGUAAUGACCCCUCGACUGUAAAUCAAUUCAUUGUUGUUCUGUUCCUAAGGAUGUUUGGUGCAUGUCUCUUGUUUGGUUGUUGAGACUCAGGGAGAAAAAUAAAA